ACGGUGUGAAAGUCUGCCUCAAUCCGUUGCUUCGGGACGAGGAAUGCGUCAUAAUACUAGGACGAAAGGGUGAUGUGACAUACAAGUCUCCCGAGCUAAGCCUGACCAACGUGACGUUUCUCAACAGAACAAAUUUACGCGUUAAAACUACUCCCUGGAAACAACAAGGCAACACAUCGGUGAUCCGCCUCCAGCCGGUGGUCGGUGUUCCCAUCUACACGCUCCGGCUCGAGGGUGACGGCAACAACAAGAAUAGCAACUGCAACACUGUAUUCCUUACGGGUGACACGGAGGAAUCAUUUGGCGAAGUUGUCUUCACGGUACACUGGCACCAACAAGUCGACCCGGGCUGCACCUACAGGGUCUGGUUCAUGGCGAAGGAUGAAUGUCAAGAAGAUAUGGUCUACACUUACGACAUGAAUCUGUCGGAGCUGCAAUACAUACAGCCUAGCGAUGAGACAAUAGUGUUGGAGGGGCCCAAGGACAGGAUAAUCUUUCUGGUGGCAGCGGGGGCGGCGGCCUCGUUUAUCUUGAUUGCUGUGGCGCUGCUGUUUGUCUUCACUUAUCAGACCAAGAAGUAUCGACGAAUUUCAGGUGAACCACAAAGGCCGACGCCAGUGACAGGGCGCGAGGUGGCCCCCAGCCCCCGGCCCGCCGUCCUGCUGGUGUACACGCCAAACCUUCACCCUCAGAUGGCUGCCCUCGCCGCCCGCUUGAAAGAGAUGACGGGACUGCAGAUCGAGGACCUUAACGACGUGGGGGACCAGGACAAGCUGAACGACCCGACGGUGUGGGUGACUCGACGCCUCAUGGACGCCAACACCCGCUUCGUGCUGCCCUGCUCUACCGUCCAUCACGACAGCGAAGAGCUGGAAGAGGGAGGCGCCGUCCACUUUCUCCUUGACCACUUCCUUCAGUACUUGCGUUCAUCCAGGCUUGCCUACGACUACACACGCCUCCAUCUGAUCAGACUUGAAGAUGAGCCCCAUGUCGAGGUGAGGGAUGUGACACCGGGACGUGUGUACCGACUCCCUGCCGACCUGCCUCAGAUGGCCCACAACUUAACCUUGGCCACACCCACCACCAGCACCAGCCCACAGGGUACACUCGAGGAGGCCUGCGAAACAUGAAACAUACGAAGGAUCGGACUCCGGCUGCGUCUCUCCAUACUAACAUAUCACAACACUGACUCCGGAUGCAUAUCUGUCACUGAACGCUCCCCUCAUGUUAUAAUAAAAAAGAUAAAGAAGUACAAAGUCAUUACAUUUGACAUCAAUUUUUGUGCAAUAUAACAAUAUGUGGGGCACAGUGGUUUAAAGUGUUAAAGCGUCAAACCCUGGAAGUGAAGGCCAGGGCGAAGCGUUUUGGACUCGAGAACGGCCAAGUCACGUCAGGAACGGCAUGCGCUCUUAAACCUCCUACCACAACCUCCAAAGAGCGACCCCAUAUAGACAGCGGUAAUUUGGAUAGGUUCCUUAAAUGAUUGUACACACACACACACACACACACACACAC